AUGGUCGAGCGGGAGAUUGAGCUGAUUCACGCUUCAGAAGAGGAGAAUGAGGCCCAUUCCAGUAGUACCUGGGCUGACUGUAUCAACUCAUUCAUGUCCUCGUAUGCUGUGGUGUUCUUCCAGACAAUUGGAAUCCGAAAUGAGUACGAAAUCAUCGUUCUGCUCUUGUUUGUGCCAAUCAUCGCAAGCGCUUUCGCAUUCUAUUUGCCUGAUCGUUUUGGUCGUCGAUGGAUGUUGAUUCUAAACGCUAUCGUCAUGGCCCUCUGCAUGUAUGUUGUCUCCAUCAUCAAGGGCUACGACUUUGCAAACAACGACGCCGGAAUCCGAGGAGCUGUUGCAGCUCUGUUUAUCUGGCAGUUCUCAGCGGCUGUCGGCUUGUACGAACCCAGUUGA